UCACAUGAAACUUGUCACUUCAAAUUUGUAAACUGAACCCUUCAGUUGUAUCAUAAGUUGUUUUUGGUGUAACAUUUCUUCAUUUUUGAAACCUAAGGCUGCCCAUCACAUACACAAUGAAACCAAAAGGAAAUUUUAACAAGAAACCCUUCAAAGGCGCUAGGAAAGGAAACGGUUUGGCCACGAUGUCUGGAGAACCCGAACCAGCGUCGAGUUGGAGUGAACUGAAAGCAGGCGUAGUGAAAGCACUCAAAAAGGAAGAUAAAAUUGACCUGCAGCAACAGAAAAAAGUGAUGAAACAGCGUCAAAACAAUCACAACAAUUUCCUGUCCGAUGACAUCAAAAAGAACUCAAAAUGGGAAAAGUGGGUCGAUCAGAAAACUGGCAACAAAAAUGCACAGAAAUCACAAAUUAAUAAAAAAACGAAAGUAACCGUUCCAAAAGAGAGCAGUGAUGAGUCGUCCAGUGAAGACGAAAAUAUUGAUGCGCAGAUGUCAUCGGAAGAAGACGAUUCGAGCGAUGAAGAAGUAGAAGCUUCAGUUCCCGUUUCAAAGAAAAAAUCACAGCUAGCCUCGAAGGUUGAACAGAAUAGCAGCGAUGAUGACGAUUCAGAGGAAGAAUCAAAUGAGGAAAAGGUGGAUGAAAAUGAAGAGGACAAUGAUGAGGACGAUGAAAAUGGUAAUGAUAGCAGCGAUGACGACUCAAGUAAUGAGGAAGAAUCCAGCGAAGAAGAGCAGCAACCAGCUCCGUUGAAAAAGAAAAAAUCAAUUCCAGUUGUUGCGAAUGGUAAGAGUGGUAAAGGUGCACAAACAACUAAGAUAAGCACUGUCGCCGAAUCGAGUAGUGACGAAGAAGAGAGUGCACCGGUGCAAACUAAGAAAGCUAUUGCAACGAAAAAAUCGAAUCCAGUUCAGUCGAAAAAAACCGUCGAAGUCAGUGAUGAUGCUGAGGACGACGAUGACGAUGAGGAUGAUAGCGAUGGAGAAGAUGUAGAUGACGAAGAAGAUGCAGAGGAUGAGGAGGAUAAUAACGAAGAAGAUUCAGAAGACGAAGAUGAGGAAGAUGAAGAAGAAGAAAGUGAUGAAGCCGAUGUGGAAAUGGCCGUUGCUCCGAAGAAACCUGCGAAACGUUAUUUCGAAAAAAAUUACGAUGAAGAUAAUGCGCCACCCGAAAAGAAAACCAAAAAGGAUGCCGCCAAAUGCUUCAAUUGUAAUGAGACCGGUCAUGUGUCUCGAGAGUGUCCAACUAAAAAAACAGCCAGCGGUGGUGCUGGUGGUAUAACUUGUCAUAAUUGUAACGAGACCGGACAUAUUUCAAGAGAAUGUCCGAAAAAAGCUAAGGGAAGCGGUGCGGGACAUGGUAGUGGUAACAUCACAUGUUUCAGAUGUAACGAAGUUGGCCAUACGACCAGAGAUUGUCCGCAACCAAAUAAUAUGAAAUGUUUUGGUUGUCAGAAGGUUGGACAUUCAAUGAAGGAUUGUCCGAGCGGACAAAGAAAUGAUACGUGCUUGAAGUGUGGCUCGAAGGAUCAUCGGUACAAGGAUUGUCCGGAUCAAAGUGGUGGAUUCAAGUUUGCUGACUGUUUUGUUUGCAAAGAAAAGGGUCACAUAUCUCGAGACUGUCCAAAAAACCGAGACAAGGGUUGCUUCAUUUGCAAAGAAAACGGACACAUUUCCAGAGACUGUCCCAAAAAAUCAGAAGGCGGUGAUUUUCGUGGAGGACGUGGAGGAUUUGGCAACAGGGGUCGUGGCGGACGAGGAGGUUUUGGUGAUAGAGGUCGUGGUGGACGAGGAGGAUUUGGUGACAGAGGUCGUGGUGGACGAGGAGGAUUUGGCGAUAGAGGUCGCGGUGGACGGGGAGGAUUUGGCGACAGAGGUCGUGGUGGACGAGGAGGAUUUGGCGAUAGAGGUCGCGGUGGACGGGGAGGAUUUGGCGACAGAGGUCGUGGUAGAGGUGGUAUGUCAACCGGUAAACCAGCUGGCAAAAUUAUAAAGUUCGAUUAAGCUAAUCUGAAUGGCGUAAAUCACUUUGCACCGUCUAACAAUUCCAUAUUCAUUGAUCAAUUUUAGCAUUUUCAUAAGCGGAAGUCUAUGUUUACAUUUUUCGAAGAAUUCGUUUUUUUUUUUUAAAUAUUUUUUAUAUUGCCUAUACAAUCUUAGACGAGUUUUCGGAUUGUGUGACUUUUUUUAGCCUAUGAAGUUGUAGCGGCAAGUACACGUACAUAUGUCGACAAAUUGCCACUUUGGCAUCUUUACUUAAUUGAUCUACAGCGACCGAAUGUUGUCAAACUAUUGUUUGAAAUAAAUAGAUAAAGAUUUUGCUAUUAAAUAGCAAUUCAAAUUGAACGGAAU